AAACACUUGAAGGCUGACACUGCAUUUGCACAGUCCAUCAGCUGUUGUCAGGCAGGCCAGUCUGCUGGUGAAUAUCAUGGGCCUUUCUCUACCAUGGUCCUUGCUCCUCCUUGGUCUUCUCACUGGACCAGGGGCUUCCGGAGAGGACUCAGCCCCCGUGGUGGUAACUGGGACCCUAGGGGGGUCUGUCAUUCUGCCCCUGCAGCUGCAGGAUGAACAGCAGGUGGAGAGUAUCCUCUGGAUGUGUCGUUCGGUCCCCAGGGCUAUAGCCACGAUAACCCUGGUAGAAGCUGGAGGGCCAGAUGCCUUUUACCAAGCGGAAACGCCAUACUGGGGUCGUUUGAGUGUGGUGGGGCCAGGCCGCUCCCUGCAGAUCAGCGGCCUGACCUGGGAGGACGCAGGGCCCUACCGAGCCCACGUUAAUCUGCGGAAUUCCCGCAUCACCCACACCUGGGAGUACAGCCUGCGCAUCUACGAGCAGCUGGCCCGUCCCCGGGUCACACUGAGUUCCAGGAUCAGUGGGAACGGACACUGUCUCGUCACCCUGACAUGUGUGGCAGAGAGCAGAGGAGGCACUGUGACCUACAGCUGGACACCCCUGGGGCCCCGGACUGUUGUGUCCCAUGGAGGAGCUGUCCUCAGUGUCUCCUUGAGGCCUGGGGACGGUGCUUUGAACUUCACCUGCGUGGUCAAGAACCCCGUCAGUAACAGCACUUCCCUCCCCGUCUCGGUGCCGCCCUCGUGCACAGGGCCAGGAGUCCUGGGAGGGGACAUGGUAGGGGAGAUAGUGAUCGGCAUGCUUGGGAGGUCAGCCGUUCUGCCCCUGGAGGUCCCAGCAGGGCAGGAGGUGGAAAAGGUUACCUGGAUAUCUCGAAGACUUGUUGCAAUUUUGCAGCCAGGACCAGCAGGCAAACCAAUCCUGGCUGCUGGGACUCAGGGGCCCUACAGCAGGCGACUGAGCGUCCCCCGCCAUGACUACUCUCUUCAGAUUAGCCCCCUGCAGCCGCAGGACUCUGGCCCCUACAGAGCCUGGAUGACUCUGCAUACUCCCCCGAUCAACAUCACCAAGGAUUUCACCCUGCGCAUCUAUGAGAGGCUGCAGGAGCCCACUAUCACGGUCAGCUCUCAGACCAUGAAGGAUGGGACCUGCUUCAUCACCCUGGCCUGCUCGCUGGACCAGGCUGGAGAGGAUGUUCAGUACAGCUGGGACCCUCGCGGCCAGGGAGCAGUUGUGUCACAUGGGGGGACCACCCUCAGUGUCUCCUGGAGGUCUGGGGUCAGUGACAGCUAUCGCUGUGCUGCCAAGAACCCCGUCAGCCAGAGCUCCAGCUCCAUCCCUACCAGCUCCCUCUGCUCAGCCUCCUUCCUACCCUGCUCCUUGAGGAAAGAAUUUCUUCUCUUUUUGAUCCUGGGAGCUUGGCAUAUUGAAUAGAUUUGACCUUGACAUGUGGAGAAGCCAAGAAGAGGAAUGUGAAAAGGAGGUCAUCCUGUGAGACACAGAGAUAAGGAAGUCUACACAGAGAUAAAGGAGUGUGACCUGAUACCAGCAUCUCCUGGUGUGAGUGAGUGAGAGAGGGACAUUGUACUGAUGAAGGCAUAAAACUGAUUUCAUUUGCAAAUUGAGUUCAAAACAACCUAGAAACUGCUACGUAUCUUCUGUUUAAAAUAAUCUGUUUGUGCUUUAUUUAAUUGUGUUUUAAAAUGUUCACAAAAAAGAGGGCUUAUUCAUAUAAGAAAAAUUGAAGUCUGAAACAUAAUUAAUAUAUUAUAAUAAAACAAUUAAUAAAAUUAUUAAAUAUUGUGCAUAUAUGUUACCUUUUGCUAACAUUUGAGUGAAUAGGCACCGAGGGCCCAGAUUCAACUCAAAUUUCAUCUCCUGGGAGCAACCUUUUGACCACCUUAUUUAAGUAGAUCUUCCCUGUUAUUCACAGUCAUUGUACCCUGUUUGAUUUUUGUCAAAUUAUCACUAUUUGCAAAUAUAUAUUUAUUUGUUAAUUUA